AUGGCGCAACUGACGUCCUACGAGCUACAGGGCCUGCCGGCUAAGGAAGCUCUACCGUAUCCGGAAGGGCAGCAGGUUCCUGGGGCCUAUCCUCAGCUUCAGCCGGAGCAAAUUCCGGCUUAUCCGGCAGCCCAACAACAGGCUCAGUACGCAAAUCAGGCGGUGAAUGCGGGAGAUUAUUUACCGUAUCCGGUUCCUACUACGGCUUCGGCGCAUUAUGCAAAUCAGGUGCAAAAUUCCGGAGAUGCCACUGUGCAAUACGCGUAUCCGACUACGGAUUCCACUCAUAAUCCGCCACUUCCGAUGGAUAUGUCCUAUCACCAGUACCGGGCGUCACAGCCAUAUGCUCCAGCUGAGCUCUACGCAGAUGAGGCUCAAUACUGCUCACCGGGAUACCUGCAGGAACCGCGCAAUACGGUACCAUACGUGAAGCCACGACCUAGUCGCUCCGGUUGCGCUCAGCUGUUGAUGUUCCUCGCCUUGGCAGCGUACAUGCUUUCCGGAUUCGCCGACUGCUUCGUCGGCUGGAUUGCUGCCUACGAUUCACCAGCAGCAAAGGCAUUUCGCGCGUAUGAUAGUCCGAAAGCAGGAAACUAUGCCAUACUGAAAUUGGAUUAUCUCGCGGCCACGAUGACCGCCGGGCUCUCGAUAGUUCUGUGGAUCAUUUCGUUCAUCGGGCUCGGACAGCGACAAGUGAUCGCGAUUUUCCCGUAUAUGGCUUGUCAGUUUGUUCGUCUCUGGUUACUGGCCCGCCCCAUUGCAUUAUCGAUCGAUAAGGAAGAAAAACCGGCUAUAGCAGCCAUGGAAGACUACGUCAUCUACAGCAUCGGCUCCACCCUGACGGCGUGUGCCUGGAUGUUCUCCUGUGAUUGGAAAAAGCCACGCCAU